AGUAUUAUAAAUAGAAGAGCCAUAGACUUAGAUUUCUUCAUCACAUUUUCUUACUUAGCACUAUAAACAAUACAUAUUGAACUAUGGCUACCCUUUCUGCUCCUAGCAACCAUUCUCCCAAUGAAGAUGCUGAAGCUCUAAGAAAGGCUUUCGAAGGAUGGGGUACUGAUGAGAAGACAGUGAUAACAAUACUUGGUCAUAGAAACUCUAAUCAGAUACAGCAAAUCAGAAAAGCUUAUGAAGGCAUUUACAAUGAGGAUCUUAUCAAACGAUUGGAAUCUGAGAUCAAAGGAGACUUUGAGAAAGCUGUGUACCGUUGGAUUCUUGAACCUGCGGAGCGUGAUGCUGUUUUGGCAAAUGUUGCUAUCAAGAGUGGCAAAAAUUACAAUGUCAUUGUGGAAAUUUCUGCUGUUCUCUCCCCCGAAGAGCUCUUGAAUGUGAGACGUGCUUACGUCAAACGCUACAAGCACUCCUUGGAAGAAGAUUUGGCUGCCCAUACUUCCGGCCAUCUUCGCCAGCUUUUGGUAGGGCUAGUGACUGCAUUUAGGUAUGUUGGUGAUGAGAUCAAUCCAAAAUUGGCGCAAACUGAAGCUGGAAUUCUUCAUGAGUCAGUGAAAGAGAAGAAAGGAAGCCAUGAAGAAGCCAUAAGGAUCUUGACUACAAGGAGCAAAACCCAGCUGAUUGCGACAUUCAACCGCUACAGAGAGACUCAUGGUACUUCCAUCACUAAGAAGCUGUUGGAUGAAGGAUCUGAUGAAUUUCAGAAGGCAUUGUAUACCACCAUCCGUAGCUUCAAUGAUCAUGUUAAGUACUAUGAAAAGGUGGUGCGAGAUGCAAUCAAGAAGGUUGGAACUGAUGAGGAUGCGCUGACCCGUGUGAUUGUGAGCAGAGCUCAGCAUGACCUAAAAGUCAUCUCAGAUGUUUACUACAAAAGAAACAGUGUUCUUCUUGAGCAUGUUGUGGCCAAGGAAACUUCAGGGGAUUACAAGAAGUUUCUUCUCACUCUCUUGGGGAAAGAGGAAUGAGUUUUUCCCUUCUCUUGAUGGAGCUUGUGCUUAAUAGUUUAAUCAAGACUUAAAGUUGUGAUGUUUUGGUUUAUCUUGUUGAAUGUGGUUUUAGUUUUUCUUUCAUUAUGAGAACUUAAAAGUUAUAUAGUUGAUGGUAUGUUUGAUGGUUCAUUUUGACUUGAAAACUUUAUUUGAAGUUUCAAACAUUAUCAAUAAUACAUGAUGAACAAGCUCAAAAAUAAAACAA